CGGCGCGCGUGACGAUGCGACGUGUGCACGUCGUGUGGAGUUGAGCGGAGGGCGGCCGCAGGGUGUGCGGUCGCCGCGGCGUGUGGCCGGCGGCGCUCCCGCUGGACGGAGAGUGCAGGACAUGGAGAUUUUAAUCUGGAUUUUGGACAUGAUUUAGAGUGUGAGGAGCUUGCGUAGGUUAUGAACGCGGAGCCUGGCUUGAUGGUGUGUGGUGGAUGUCUUUGGUUUGUGGCCUUCUACUCCAGAGAGGAAGCCGCAUCUGGGACCAUGAUGCCACUUCCCCAUCACCUGUGUGCUGCUUGGUUAAGCUAGUCCUGUGGGAGCCCUGGUCCCUUGUGGAAGAAUCAAGCUGACUCUUGGCAUGAGGCCCCUGCCUUGCGGGGGCUGAGAGGGACCCUGCCAUGGCUUCUCUGGAUGACCCAGGGGAAGUGAGGGAGGGCUUCCUCUGCCCUUUGUGCCUGAAGGACCUGCAGUCUUUCUAUCAGCUGCAGUCACACUAUGAGGAAGAGCACUCUGGGGAAGACCGUGAUGUCAAAGGACAAAUUAAAAGUCUUGUCCAGAAGGCUAGGAAAGCAAAGAACAGGCUGUUGAAACGGGAAGGAGAUGACCGAGCAGAGGCGGGGACCCAGGGAUAUGAGUCCUUCAGCUAUGGAGGGGUUGACCCUUACCUGUGGGAGCCCCAGGAGCUUGGUGCUGUGAGAAGCCAUCUUUCCGACUUCAAAAAACACCGAGCUGCCAGAAUUGACCACUAUGUUGUUGAAGUCAAUAAAUUAAUUAUCAGGUUAGAGAAGCUUACUGCGUUUGACAGAACAAAUACCGAGUCUGCUAAGAUCCGAGCAAUAGAGAAGUCCGUGGUGCCUUGGGUCAACGACCAGGAUGUCCCUUUCUGUCCAGACUGUGGGAACAAGUUCAGCAUCCGUAACCGCCGCCACCACUGCCGCCUCUGUGGGUCUAUCAUGUGCAAGAAGUGCAUGGAGCUCGUCAGCCUGCCCUUAGCAUACAAGCUCACCAGUGCCAGCAAGGAUUCCCUGAGCGCGCACACCAGCCCCAGCCAGUCGCCCAGCAGCGUCCAUGGCUCCCGCCGGGGCAGCAUCAGCAGCGUGAGCAGCGUGAGCUCGGUCCUGGACGAGAAGGACGACGAGCGGAUCCGCUGCUGCACGCACUGCAAGGACACGCUGCUCAAGAGGGAGCAGCAGAUGGACGAGAAGGAGCACACCCCCGACAUUGUGAAGCUCUACGAGAAAUUACGACUUUGCAUGGAGAAAGUUGACCAAAAAGCUCCUGAGUACAUCAGGAUGGCAGCCUCACUAAAUGCCGGUGAGACGACCUACAGUCUGGAACAUGCCAGUGACCUUCGCAUGGAAGUUCAGAGAGUGUAUGAGCUCAUAGACGCUUUAAGUAAGAAGAUCUUAACCUUAGACUUGAAGCAGGACCCUCCACCACAUCCAAACACUUUGCGGCUGCAGAGGAUGAUCAGAUACUCAGCCACACUCUUCGUGCAGGAAAAAUUGCUUGGUUUGAUGUCGCUGCCAACCAAAGAGCAGUUUGAGGAACUGAAGAAGAAAAGGAAGCAGGAACUGGAGAGGAAGAGGAUCCUGGAGAGGGAGGCUGCCCUGGAAUCCCAGCGAAGGCUUGAGGAAAGGCAGAGUGACCUGGCGUCUCGUGCGACCAAUGGGGAGGUGGCGUCCCUUCGCAGGGGCCCUGCCCCUCUGAGAAAGGCUGAGGGCUGGCUCCCGCUGUCCGGAGGUCAGAGGCAGAGUGAGGAUUCGGACCCCCUCCUCCAGCAGAUCCACAACAUCACAUCAUUUAUCAGGCAGGCUAAGGCUGCCGGCCGGACAGAUGAAGUGCGCACCCUGCAGGAGAACCUGCGCCAACUGCAGGACGAGUAUGACCAGCAGCAGACAGAGAAGGCCAUCGAGCUGUCCCGGAGGCAGGCUGAGGAGGAGGACCUGCAGCGGGAACAGCUGCAGAUGCUGCGGGAGCGGGAGCGAGAAAGGGAGCAGUUCCAGGCAGCAUCCCUGCACACGCGGACUCGGUCCCUGGACUUCCGAGACAGCAGGCCUUUUCAGCUGGAGCCAGGCAGAGAGCCUCGCACCCACCUGGCUCAUGCUUUGGAUCUGGGCUCUUCCCCAGUUCCAGGCAGUGCAGCCCGCAAGACCCCUUCACCCAGCUCAGCUCUGGAGCCCAGCAGAGUGUGGUCUGGGCCCCCAGCGCUUGGCCCGGGGUUCCUCCCCCAGAGCAUCACAUCACAGCACAGUGAGGUGCCCUCCCUGAAUCCCUUUGACGAGGAAGACCUCUGCAGCCCCGCGGCAGAGGGCGCGGCCAGCCCUCCUGUGGCAGAGCCUCCCUGUGACUCUGCAGUCCGCGCCCACAAAGAAUACAAUCCUUUUGAGGAAGAGGAAGAAGAGGAGGCAGUGGCAGGGAAUCCCUUCACUGACCCAGACAGCUCAGUCCCCAGUCCCUUCGACGAGGAAGAUGAGUGUCCCCAUCAGAGGCCCUCAGGUCCCCCUGUUCCCGGCAACCCCUUCGAGGAGGCCCUGUGUACCAACCCCUUCGAGGUGGACGGCGACAGCGGGCGGGAGGGCGAGGAGCCCAUAGAGGAGGAGCUCCUCCUCCAGCAGAUCGACAACAUCAAGGCAUACAUCUUUGACGCCAAGCAGUGCGGCCGCCUGGACGAGGUGGAGGUGCUGACAGAGAAUCUGAGGGAGCUGAAGCGCACCCUGGCCAGACAGAAGGGGGGCGCCCACUGACCAUAGUGGGCAGGGCACCCACUGACUGUGGACUGUGGUGGCGCAGGGCACCCACUGACCACUGACGGUGGUGGGCGGGGCACCCACUGACUGCAAACCAUAGAUGGCAGGGCGUCCACUGACCAUGGACUGUGGCAGGCAGGGUGCCCCUGGGGCUGGUGGGAGCCAGGGAAGCGGCAGGGACGGCUGCUGGGGUUGAUGCGGAAGGAAGAAGGGCCAGAAUGAAGGUGCACGCAGGUUGUGGGGAGGAAUCUGCUGUUUCGUGCUGUGCACUUGGAGCUUCUUCCACGGCAGUUGAAUAAUAAAAUGGGAGCUAGAACAGGAAGAAUCAGCAUUCAUUUGCUGUUUUUCCUGUUCGGUUUUUUUUUUUGAUGUUAAAUUGGGUUUUCCCUUUAGAAGGGACUUUGAAUCUUCACUGCCCAGAUGCAACGAAGUGCAGUUCUGUUGGGCCCUGGGCAGAAAUGGCUGCCCUGCGCCUCGUGCGUCCAUUUGCUGCCACCUGGUGUUUGGUCAUUAUGCAGUAUUAUAGGGCGGCCUUACAGGGGCCCUUCCUUCAGGCAAGACAGAUGAGAUAGACUCCUUUAAAUCUCCCUCGGCGCUGGCAGGUCUGUCCCGUCACCUGGGCGCCCUCUGCCCUGCUGGGCAUGUCCUGCCUGUGCAGUGGAAGGGCAGGUUAUUGCUCUGAAGGCAGUGGUUUAGACCCAGGAGAGCCCAGCAUCUCUUUUUAAGAGGGGGUGAUGGGGGUUUCCACCCGAUGGGAGUCUGUUUCCUACUCACUUUGCAUCCACCCUUGUUUCUCCCAGUGCGGGGCUAUCACUGUGAGUCUCAUGAGCUUUCUAGAAAACAGGAGGGGUUCACCUUUUGGUUGAUCGAGGUAGUAUAAUUUGGGAGAAGAGCCAGAGUUCCGUUCUGUGGGACUGAAUGAGGGCUGGGACAGUGUCUGUGCCUGGAGAAGCUCCCUCUAGAGCUCCGGCAAAAUUACCCUGACCUGGGCUGUUUCCAAGGCCCGGCCUGCGGUCUAGGAACUGGUGACAGGAAGCGUUUGUGGAAUGUGGUCAGAAGAGCUGGAGCUUCCCGGAGUCGGAAGGUGAAUUAAAAUGACUUCCGAGGCGAGCUGACAAGCCGUCUUCCCUUUUGGUUCAUCUUGUCCUGCCCUUGGCCCUGGUGAGGUAUGCUCUUACCCAUGGUUAGUAUUGAGAAUCUGAAAUGUUUGAAGGAGGCACAAGCUGGGCUCAUUCUGGCAGAACUGCAGCACUUGAACUUCAUCAAUUAAGGGCAAAAAGGGAAGCUGUUAACUUAGCUCUGGUGCCUAGGUUCACAGAAGCAUAGCCCUUAAGUGGUGUCUGAUGUUAUGAUGACCCGAGUGUGCCCAGCUCGGGCAGAGUUCCUGCAGUUACGCUUGUUAAUUAAUGAACAAUAACUUACCACUAGUCACUUUAUGCCCCUUUAACUCUGGGUCAUACUCUCCCUGGUUACUGGUGUGAGAGCUGAAAUUCGUGUUGUUACAUUCUGGGGAGACCCCUGUUGAUGUUGGGAGUGUCUGAAAAACUGUGUGGUGUAAAAGUAAUCUGUAUUUGUGUUAACACUAUUGACAUUUCUUUGGCACCUGCUGGCUCUUUGGGCUGAAUGAUAGGGUCCUGUACAGGGCCGCGGGAAUGGGGAGUGGGUAGUGGAGAACCCCUGGAAUUUGGGUUCUUUUCCCAGAGGACUGAAUGGGUUACUAAGGCCUGCCGGUUGCCAGGCUCACUGACUGUCAUAGUUCUGGGAAGUCAGGCAUCUAAAAUGUUGCCAGCUGCAGGCAUCUUUUCUUCCUCAAGCCCUUCAUGCUGUGGCUCUGGAGGGACUUCCAGAUAGCUGCAUGCUCCUCCCUGCUCAGCCUGUCAUUUCUCUCUGACUGGAGAGAAGGAAGCUCCCUGCACUGAAAGCAGGUAUUUCUAGAAGCUGUAUGCUGCUCUCCCUCAUGAUGACUUUUCCAAUGAGAGUCUCUCUCUCAGUCAGCUGGUGGUUUCAAGUUAAGACUAGUUUACUAAUCAUACCCUUUUCCUGAAAUCAACAGCAGGUGGCGAUCUGUAAGUAGCUAAGAGCACUGAGAGCCACACACAUAAUAAACAUGUUUUUAAAUUUAAAAAUCACUGAAUAUACUAAACCAAACUAAAGCCCUCUGAUGUGAUUGGAUUCUUCCGUGGCUUUAUUCCCCCAUAAUCACAGACACGACAGGAGUUAGAACUCUCUACCCCUCAGCUGUACCAGUUCUCGGAAUUCACACGGGCAAAAGUUGGAUUUACAGAGAUGGGUUAAUGUCAGGGGAAAGACAGCCCAUGAAUUGAAAUCACAGCUUCAAGUUCUUACCUCUUGUGAGUAUUUCCCCCGUCCUGCAGUCCUUCAAGGCAAACAGCUCCAUCUCAUCAGAAAAUGAGCGAGUCCUUGAUGUGACGUUGGCAGAUGUCCCCAGACACGGGUCACGUAUGGAAGGGACUUUGGGGGAUUCAGGCAUCACACGAAGCUGGCUUUUCCGUUUUAUGCCUUGUGUUUCUCCCCGGCUAAUACACUACGGACACUUACUCAUUAUACUUAGAACUCAGCGUGUUUCUGCUGUUCAGAUGCUAAAGUGCACCCAGGUCAUCAAGAGCCACCUGCUAGGUUGGGCACCGGCAUAUUGAGGUGACGGGACUUGAGUUACGAAGCUGGUGUGUGUGCCAGGUCACAGACUGCGGUAGCAGGUUGUGCUGGCCGUCUGACAGUGACAGGCUGAGGGUUACUGAUCUGCAUGCACUACUCUGGGGCCUUGUAUUGGAACCUUUUUAAAAAAUAAAAUAGCAUCUGUUAGUG